GUGCUGAGCAAGGAGGACUAUGCUUGCUGGUUAAAAAGUCACAUUGAAGCAGAAUCUUCUAUUGACAACCGGGAAGAGCUGCUGUUUCAAUCAGCAACUUGCCUGGAGACUGAUCUGCAUCUCCUAGGAAAUGUGUGCUACGUUACUAGAACAACACUUGCACUGCAUAGAGUCUAAAUUUUCAAUUGAAAAAUCUACUCAGAACACAGCAGCUAAGUUUAUACCUCUCUACAUGCCAUCAUCUUCAGUGAAUCCCAACUUGGGCUUAGUGGUUGAUGGAAGGACGCUGGCGUAUGCCUUAGACAAAGCCCUUGAAGACAAAUUUCUUUUGUUAGCCAGGAGAUGUCGUUCUGUGUUGUGUUGCCGCUCUACUCCAAUUCAAAAGGGAAUGGUUGUGAAGCUGGUCAGAGACAAACUCAAAACAAUGACAUUGGCAAUAGGUGACGGAGCAAACGAUGUCAGUAUGAUCCAAGUAGCCGAUGUCGGAGUAGGGAUUUCAGGUCCAGAAGGCAUGCAGGCUGUGAUGGCAAGCGAUUUUGCAAUCCCAAGGUUCCGGCACUUAGAGAAACUCUUGCUUGUUCACGGCCACUGGUGUUAUUCUCGACUUGCCAACAUGGUACAGUAUUUCUUCUACAAAAAUGCAAUGUUUGUGGCCCUUCUUUUCUGGUACCAGUUCUACUGUGGGUUUUCAGGAGCAUCAAUGAUAGACCAGUGGUACCUGAUCUUCUUUAACUUGUUAUUCUCCUCGCUUCCCCAACUGAUUUCUGGAGUGCUUGAUAAAGACGUACCUGCAGAUAUAUUGAUUGCUGUGCCUCACCUCUACAAAAGUGGCCAGGACAUGGAGGAGUACCAGCCACAUAUGUUUUGGAGGAACAUGAUUGAUGCUCUCUAUCAAAGCCUAGUUUGUUUUUUCAUCCCUUACUUUACUUAUUACGAUUCAGAUGUGGAUAUAUUCUCCUGGGGAACCCCAAUCACCACAGUAGCUCUUUUCACAAUAAUAUUGCAUUUGGCAAUUGAAACCAAAACCUGGACUUGGCUACAUUUAUCAUCCUGUGCCUUCAGCAUUGGUUUAUUCUUCAUUGUGGCAUUGCUUUACAAUGCAUCUUGCCCAACAUGCUAUCCUCCAUCCAAUCCCUACUGGACUAUGGAAAAGUUGAUGGGAGAUCCUACGUUUUAUCUGACUUGUUUUGUGACACCUGUUGUUGCUCUGCUUCCCAGAUUUCUUUACAGAACAUUUCAGGGCACACUUUUUCCAACCCAACCUCAGCUUGGACGCCAGUUGUCAAGGUUGCCACCAGAGUUUCGCAGCCAAUGUUUGGAAAGAUGGAACAUCACCAAGGACACAAAUCCCCAUAAGUAUCCGUGUGCCCUUUAUUCUUUAGAAAACCCUUAUUUCAUUGCUAAUGACUCUUUAAAUGCCUGUAACCAAAACAGUCCCACAGAAUUAUCUGAUCAUGGAAGUGAAAAAUGUCAGCAACCAAAGACAGAGAUAACCACAGGUUUAAAUAUUUCCCCUCCUCUUCUUGCUGCUCAGUUAUCUGAGGAGAAUGGACAUGCUUCAGUGGCUCAUAGUGAAGGCGCAUCUCCAAAUUUUCACAGAAUUACCCACAUCACAUCGGAGCUGGAGCCAACAAUAGCAGAGGAAGCAUUCCAGUUGAACUCAGCAGUCGACCAAUCAGAUUUCAGCUUGUUGACCUGGAUCACAUCAACUCCUUUAUUUAAAGGCAUUGGAAGAGAUUCAACACGGUCAUCAAGCAGUUUACAAAAUGUGGGGCAGGACAGCAUAGCUCCAUGUAGCUGCAGUUGUUCUCAGGAUUGCAAAGCCUUGCCAGAGCAGACCUCAACCUGUUUUCAGGAGCAAAUCCAAAGGUCUGCAAAGGAGACCGUCUUGAUACCUGAAUCUUUUGAGUCAACUUUUUUAUGA